CUGCUGCCAGGGCACACGUGAGCUGGUGCCCACGUCACCCCGCUGGCCACAGGCACACCUGCGCCCAGGUUGGCAGGCCUGGGCCGGGGGCGGUGUUCUGCAUCGCACCGGGGCCGGGCAGUGAGGCCUCCUCGAGGCCGUGUCCGCCCAGCCCUUUGCAGCACCCCCGGGUGCCAUGGGGCUCGGAACCCACCCAGCCGGAGCCGGGCUGGCGUUUGCCCCGACGCCUCCCUGCCAACCUGCUGCGAGCGGUGCGGGCCGGCCCCGCCUGCCCUGCCUCGCCAGCGGGAGGAGGAGGAGGCAGCUGCGGGUCAGAGGCGGCUCUGGAAGGAGCGUGAGGGUAAGCGAAACGCGAGUGGGACCGCGGACGGGACGGGACCAGCGGGCUCGGCUGCGCCCACCACCAGGCUGCACGGCUCUCUCCGCGCUGGGCAAGCCGAGGCGAGCUGCUUCCAGCCCGCUGCCCCUCCCCGCGGAGAUGCUGUCGCAAGCUGCGUUUCAGACUCAUCCUUCAUGCCAGGGAAGCUGAGGAGGAGCAGAAAGAGGGUGCUGGAGAAGCAGUGGCAGAGCCUAGAAGAGAAGGGCACUGUGGGUGCCCAGCUAGGGCACUCUCUGCUUACCAGAUCCAAAACCUGUGAUCCCUCCUUUGGCAAGGAGACGGAGCAGGCUGUGGCGACCACAGGUGCACAGGGAUACGCAUCCCCAUGCCCAUCACCUUCGCUGACCAAGCACACUGCCAGCUACCACAAAGCCUUCGGGGAGCUUGCCAAGCAGGAAGCACUGUUGGCCUGCUUCUCUUGUGCCUGGCAGAGAGAGAUGCCCUACCGUGGCCGCCUCUACAUCUCCUCCCACCACAUCUGCUUCCACUCCAGCCUCCUGCUCAAGGACAUCAAGGUGGUGGUCCCAGUUGCCUCCAUCUCAGCCCUUAAGAAGACCAACAUGGCACUGCUGGUGCCCAACGCGCUCAGCAUCCGCACAGCUGAGGGGGAGAAGCAGUUCCUCUUUGUGUCGCUGCGCCAGCGAGAGGCCACAUACCAGCUCCUGAAGUCAGUCUGCAGGCAGCUGCAGGACAACAGCCGCAGCCCUUUGACCUCUCUGAACAACGAGGAAGUCCUUAGGAAACCUCUGACCUCAAGCCACUCAGACCUGGAGCAGAGCGUCCCUGAGCCAGACAGCCUGCAGGAGCUGCCAGAUGGAAUGACCCUGGUGCCAGGGCAAGCGGAGCAGAAGGAUGGUGGAGAGGCCGAAGCACUGUCUGGAAGCAGCGCUGCGCCGGUGCCCUUUGCAAGGCCAUGCAGCCUCCAGGCAGGUGGACCCCACACCACACUAUGGGCCUGGACUGCCAUGCAGCUGAGCCCCCUCAAUGUCAUCAUCCUCAUCUACCUGCUGCUGAUGGUGGCCCUGCUGCUGUCCUCAGGGUACAUCGGUCUGCGCAUCUCAGAGCUGGAGCAGCAGCUGGCAUCCAUGGGGGCUUGGCCAGACCUUAACCUGCCACACCAGGACAAGAGGACAUGAGACCAGCGAGGGCCCAGAUGUCACUGAGGCAUCAGCCUCAGCUCCAGCCCACAGGGAGAGACUGCGGAGCUGAUCCAAACCCUUCCUCCAUCUGUCAGGGAGCAGCUGGGGACUCUCUCACCAAGUUUCUUCCAGCCCCGCCAGGACGCCUGGGAGCCCACCCAAGCUGGGGGCUACAUCUUGUUCUUCCCAUGGUUGCCCACCCCGAGCAGCAGCAGGUGGAGCCUGGCAGCUCCCAGGAGCAAAGAAUCACACAGGGGCUGGCUGAGGUCACUCACCUGUCCCCAGCUCUGCCCACCGAGGUACGUGGCAGGCAGAGGCACGGACAAUACUAUUAAAGAUGUGCCCCCCCCGCUGUGCGGUGCUCUGUGCUGGAGGAGGUCCCUCAGGA